AUGGGCGGCGCGCAGGAUGAGAUCCGGCGGCUGAUGAAAGAGGCCAAGCAGAAACCCAGCGCUGCCACAACGCCAGUCCCGGCGGGCUUCUUCGACGAUUCUUUGGCCGACGCCAAGGCCCGCAAUGUGGACGUGAAGCAGCUGGCAGAGAAGCAACUUGAGUCCGAGUGGGAGGCAUUCCUGGACUUCGCAGCCGAGGUGGAGCAGCAGUCGGUCCAGGCUGACGAGACCAAGGAGCGUGAGGCCGUCGAGCAGCUCGAGAACAUGGAGUACGUGGACAGAUACCGCGUGGCGCUGGAGCGUGCAACUAGCCUUCGCAGCGGCAACAAUAAGCCUAAAACAGAGAAAAGGAAGCUGGACACUGCUUCUGAUGUGGUCAAAGAAGACGACGAGACGGAAGGUACGAAUGCCGUGCUGAGCGAGUACAAAAAGAAACACAAGAAGGCAAAGAAAAAGCACUCGGACAUUGAAGACUCCGACGACGACUUCGACAGUUGCAACUGGAGGUCUCGUGGCAUCUAA